CAAGAGAGCGAGAGCAAACCCUAAAGUGAUCGACAUGUCACUGUGGGGGGCAGUGCCUCUGCACUCCAGAGUGAGGAGGACACAGGGGUCUCAGGUGGCUGCAGGGCGGGCCAAGGAGGGACCUGUGGAGCCGGUGGGCUGGUGGCCCAGGGGGCAGUCAGGAAGGAAAGCCAGCUGGUGACAGAGAGCCCAGAGGUUCCUGGGCUUGUGUGCUAGAGCCCGCCUGGAAGAUUUCAGCCAUGCCUCACAGCUCGGACAGCAGUGACUCCAGCUUCAGCCGCUCUCCUCCCCCUGGCAAACAGGACUUAUCAGAUGAUGUGAGAAAAGUUCAGAGAAGGGAGAAAAAUCGAAUUGCUGCCCAGAAGAGCCGACAGAGGCAGACACAGAAAGCAGACACCCUGCACUUGGAGAGUGAAGAUCUGGAGAAACAGAAUGCGGCUCUGCGCAAGGAGAUCAAGAAGCUCACGGAGGAGAUGAAGUACUUCACGUCUGUGCUGAACAGCCACGAGCCCUUGUGCUCAGUGCUGACCACCAGUGUGCCCUCAUCCCCCGAGGUGGUGUAUACCUUCCACCAACCACACGUCAGCUCCCCGCGCUUCCAGCCCUGAGCCUCCCAAUGGAAUGGGAAGAACAGAGCCCC